UAUAGUUGUUACAUGUUAAAAUGACAUUUAUUAAGAAAUGUAUUUUGAGUUUAUGACUUCGCACCUCUGAUAUUUUGUUCUCAUUCUGUUUACACUGAUGUACACUAACGGUGUAAGUGAGACUUUAGCUUUGAGUGACUAGUAUUCGAGCUAGUAGCUAAUUUAUUAGCACGUGACAGAUAUAAGCUGGUCACACCUUGUUACAGCACCGUCUACUGACUCAUUCCUGCCCGCUGUUGCUUAUUUUGCUGUGGAUUCCGGAACAGCACACUUCCUGAUCGAGGUUAAAAGUCGCGUUUUUAGUACGUUUCACGUUGAGUAUUGUCUUGAUAAACAUGACAUUCAGAACAUCAUAAGAUAUUUUGGCACAGGCCGGCAAAGCUCGUCAUAAUCUUGGAUAUUUGAUUGUGGAGAGGUAGAGUUUAAGGAUGACCGAUCCAAACAAACCUCAGCGCAAGCUGUCCAGAUCUGGAGACAGCUUAUACAAGACACUGGGCUUGCAAAAAGGAGCUUCCUCUGAGGACAUUAAAAAAGCUUAUAGAAAACUUGCACUCCGGUAUCACCCGGACAAGAACCCAGAGAACCCAGAGGCUGCUGAAAAGUUUAAAGAGAUCAACAGCGCUAACUCCAUUCUUAAUGAUGAGAACAAACGUCAGAUCUACGAUGAAUAUGGCUCCAUGGGCCUUUAUGUUGCUGACCAGUUCGGAGAAGAUAGUGUUAAAUACUACUUCCUCAUGUCAAAGUGUUGGUUCAAGACACUUUUUUUCUGUGCCAUAAUAUUCACUGGCUGCUGCUGCUGCUGCUGCUGCUGCUUCUGCUGUGGGAAGUGUGGAUCAAAAGAGGAAGAUGAGCAUUAUUUCUAUAUGGAUCCCGAGGACCUUGAAGCCCAAGUUUUUGAAGAGCAAAACAAAGGGAAUCAAACUGUUAUCAUCGGACAGCCAGUUCCCUCUGCAGCGUCUGAAGGUUCACCACAAGGUCCAGUGACUGUAGGCAUGCCUAUUUCUAGCCCAGACACCAUGAACCAUUAAGGUGGAGACACAGCCAUAAACAUACAGCCAGCUGUCUACAGACCAUCAGUCUUUUGCCUUUAAAGAUAGAACUUGGGAUCAAAAGAGGAUUGCCAUGUCUCUGUACUUGGCCCAUUUCCAGUAAGGGGAAAGUUAAAAUCCAGUGCAGCACUUGAGGAAAUUUUCGCUGAUAGUCAGGGGCUGUACAUAGUCUGUGGAGUAAAAUUGGUUCAUCUUGAUUCAGAAUGUAUUGUUUACACUUAAUGUACCUUUGUCUUCUGUACUUUUAAUGUGGUGUCAGGUUCUUUCUUAUAUUUUGUUAUUUAUAUUUAGUGAAAUCUUUUAAAUUGACAGUAGCUAAUUUGAUUUUGACUGGGCUUCUCUAACCCAGGAGAAAUAUGCUGGUAUUCAUAUGGUACAAUAGAUGGAAAAAGCUUGCAAUUAUGUAACUUCUUUAGUAGCACCCAAUACUAGUAAAAAAAUUUUUGUCUGUCUUAAUUAACAAAUUUAAAUGGCAACAUAUUUUAGUUGAAAUGACUGCAGCCCUGACACUUUCAUAUUCAAGUUGAUAAUAUUGAAAUAUUUUCAAUAUUUAAUAUGGACUUCAAACACUUUAAAUGCAGCAGAGAUUGGACUAUGUUAUGGUGUUAGAACAUUUGAAGUGGCAAAACUCUGCUUUGAGAAUGUACUAUGAUUUAAAAAAUAUAUAUAUCUCUUCAUGUACAUAUGAGUCAUCGCCUCAGAAUAGAUGGUGUGUAUGCAGGCUCUGAAUGGAAAUCAUUCCACCCCACAACCCAUUCCCAAAGAAAAAUGAAAUAAUAAUUUGAAAUUUGUCUGGACUGGUAUUUAAUAGUUUUGUGAGUAUUUUAUUCAACGCAAUCAUAGAUUACUCAGGUAUUUUGUGCUUCUGGGAUCUCACUAAACUAUUUUACUUUGACUGUUUGAAAAAUGUGAAUGACAUAAUUGUAAUGAGUCAUCUGAUACUUUGUUUAUAUUAGUGUAAUGCACAAUCAAUACAGUACAAUACUUCAGAUGUUUGUGCAUUAUAAAAAGUUUGUAUUUGAAAAGUGGAGGUGUAUGAAGUGAUAUAAAUGGAAUAAAUUAUGUUUUUGAUUGCCA